GGCCUCCUUGUCCUCUGGUCAUUAGACACCUGUCAAGGAUAGAUUCAGCAUGGCCAGCCUGCGGACUCUGCUCCUCCUAACUCUCGUUCUUCUCGCUGUGGUCAUUCAGACGCCUGAUGCAGCUCCCUACGGUACCAACAUGGAAGACAGCAUCUGCUGCCAGGACUACAUGCGUCACCCCCUGCCAGCACGUGUAGUGAAGGAGUACUUCUGGACCUCCAAGUCCUGCCGCAAGCCUGGCAUUGUUUUGAUAACCAUCAAGAACCGGGACAUCUGUGCUGACCCCAGGAUGCACUGGGUGAAGAGACUUCUCCAUAAGCUGACCUAGUGAGGAGGGCCUGAUGACCAUGGGCUUGGCCAUUCCCGCUGCCAUUUAUGCAAGAAAGCUGCCAACGACACUGCCCUCACCCACCUCCGUGUCCUGGACUGUCACCCUGUCAGGCCUCUGGUCCACUCCACCUCCCCUGCAGCCUCUCUAACCCAUCCUCGGCACACGGCAGCUGAGGGAGCACGUUCAGGCCAGCCCUUUCCCAGAAUCCCCUCCCAUUGCUUUAGAUGAGGCCACACCCUUGCUUUGGUGCCCUGGUCCUGCAGACCUGGCUACCUUCCCUCUCCCCAGCCUAGGGAAGAUCCAAAUGCUUCGGGUCUGUGCUGCUCAGGUUCACUGCCUGGAAGCUUGCUGAUACUCAGAACGCUAUUCCUCCACUUGCACUGGCCCAGUGCCAAUGGCCUUCAAGGCUUCAAUCAAUCCCGGUGGGCACCGCCAAGCACCGUUCUUCAGACUUCCGUGGUCUCUGCCUGCUCUCUGUAGAACUCUCAGGGUUUCAGGAUGGUCCACCAGGCCCGGGGGUUAGGCUGAGGUUCCCACCAAAGCUCCUCCUGUCUCUUGGUCUCCAGCAUGGGGCAGGGAGCACGGGGCAUGGAACGCGGUGCACACAGGCAGGCUCAGAAUCAGAAUUCUGAAAGGAGCUGCAGACUCCAUCAGUAUAAGUCAUUAUUUCCCCAUCCCUGGGUACAGGGCAGUCUCCUGUCACCACAGAGACUCGGGCUGUUAGAAGGCGGCUAUGUAAGUCAACCGUGCAACCCUAACUUUACCAAGAAUCACCUUCUGUACCCUCUUUAACCAUUUCUUCCUCACCCUGCUUCUCUUGACUGCUUGACUGAAUUGCUGGUCCUCAAAUUCAUGCUAUGGUGUUAGUGACUGCCAUGGCUUGGUAUUAUAAGCUCUAGUGAUAUUUAUAUAGGAAAAGAGGCUAAAUAUUUAUAUAGGAAAAGGGGCCAAAUAGAUGAACUGGAGAGUCUUAGGAACUGGGUCAGGGAAGGCCAUGCGUUCUCAUCCCCAGAAAGCAGCUGGGUAUGGUGACUGCAGUGGGUGGCAUAGAAAAGCUGAAGAGUUUAGUUGGGAAUUAUUUUUGGGUGGUUGGGGCAAGCUAGGACACAGAUUUAGGAUUCAUUUGUGCUUCUCUGGGGACAGCAGUGUCCUGGGGGAGGGGAUAAAUCUGCUUGCUCCUCUGGAGGGAAAGUGGCUUGGCUUAGCCGAGUGGCUUGAUUGUGUGACCCUGAGAACCUUGCUUCACCUUUCUGAGCCUCAGCUGACAGAUGGAACUGCGGAGGGUUAGAUACAAACCGUGGGGACAGACACUGCCAGCCACAGCUGUGCCCACGGCUCAUGUCCCUCCAGAACCCAGCAGGAACAUCUGCCAACCAGGAGCACCGUUAGUGCUAAUCUGCCCGCUGCCCAUGCACGGAGUCUCAAGUGCCCUGAGACCCACCCGCCUCCUCUCCUACUUCUGGGAAAAUAAAUGUUU